CAACGGACCGUCGCCUUGACGACCGCUGUAAGAUGGCGACGCCGCAAGGCGAGCUGCUGGAGUCAGACCCUGGGACGCUGAGUCCCGCGCAGCUGGAGCAGCUGCGAGACUUCAAGAUUCAGACUCGGAUUGCUAAUGAAAAGUAUCUAAGGACCCACAAAGAAGUAGAAUUGCUCAUAAGUGGUUUUUUCAGAGAAAUGUUUUUGAAAAGACCAGACAAUAUCCUGGAAUUUGCUGCAGACUAUUUCACGGAUCCAAGACUUCCCAACAAGAUUCAUAUGCAGCUAAUUAAAGACAAGAAAGUGGCUUAAUUAGCAAAAUCAUGAUGCUCAGCUGUUGGGAGAGACCAGCCUGAAUCCAACCUCGGGCGUCACCUGGAAGCACCAGCCCCUUGUUGCCAUCAGGGUGGGUUUCCCAGCUGCCCUGGGCUCUGUCUGCUGUUGUAAAGGCUUUUAAAGAGACUCGUUAAAAACAGACUUUCUGCUC